AUGGCUAAGAAGAGUCAGAAGCUGUGGAGCGUUAUUGUGUGUGUGCAGGUUAGCUUGCAGAGCUUGGAAGUUGCCGCCAAGGGGUAUAAGGAGAGACUGUUGCCGUUGGUUGAUGGGUUGUUGGAGGCGUAUGAUGUGAUGGCGGGGUUGGUGAAUGUUGCGGGGAAGGAGGAUCAGGACGGCAUCUUGCGUGACUUGAAGGGAGGGCCGGACGAGAGGAGGGAGGUGGUGGCAAAGUUGAUGAAUAUGUUGUCGUUGUGGAAUUGGUCGACUCAAUGGGUGACUCAGCUGACGGUGUUGAGGGAGGCGGUGGUGAGUGUGAGGGAGGAGGUGUCCGAUAAGAUGAUCAUUAUGACUAUGGAGCGGAAUACUGUGAAUCCGACAGCAGGGGAGGAGGGGGCAUACAAGGAGGCAGAGAUGAUGAAUCUGCAGAACUGA